AUUACUAGUUAAUUUAAAUAUAAAUAUUUCUUAUUCAUUUUAAUUCCAAGCGUUAACCAUGUGUUAAAUUGGUUUAAGAAGUCAUAACAAAUAUACUAUAUUCAUUGUAAUAGAUAUACAAAGGGUAAUGGAUAGGUUAAUGUUUCUUCCAUAGAUUAAGAUUAAGAUGGAUUAAGACAAGAAGAUCUGUAAAUGUAAUGCAAGUCAAGUCAAUUUUGACCUCAUCUUCUCUGGACCUCAUAGAUAAGUUUGACUUACUAACCAUAGAUAUGUAUUAACCAUAGACUAUCCAUAGAAAAUAUCAUAGGUUGUGUUUCGUACUCAUAAAUGAAUACCUCAAAUAGUGUCUAAAUAACGGUCAAAUAUAUGACCUCCUUUUAUAAAUAUCCAAUUUGUAAUCUUAAAAAAAAAACUAAAACUACUGUAACUAAUCCGAUGAUCACAUAUGAAAACUAGCAAACCUGCAAUAUAAUUGAUUUUUCUGUUAAUCAGAAAUCUAAUUUCGAAUCGCAGAAAUAUUUUUUGCGGGAAUGGCGCUACUGGAUCACGUACGAAGUGUUUUAAUUUCAAUUGAGAACGUACAAAUUGUGCUGCCGCAACAUAAUAAUGGUGUUUAGUAUUUAUCUAAUGCACAUAAUAAUUAAUAUAAUCUAGAAGUUUUGUCACAAUAUAGCACCUACAAGAGAUAGUAUCAGAAUGUUGUUUAUUGUUAUGAUGCUGCUAGGAAUGCAAGCAAUAUGUAGUAUAUCAAGAUCUGAUAGAUCAGAUCCUAGAAACAGCGGAGAUUUAGCCCUUUGGAUAGACGAAAAGCAAGUAAAAAUGUUUAGUGGAAUGUCAAUGGAAAUAUAUGCCAUUGUAAAUGGUAAUGUCUUGCCGUAUAUAUUGGAUCCUAAUUUUGAAAAAUAUUUGCCCAUAAUACCAUCAGAAGUAGGGUAUGUUAAUUUUACAUGGAAGUCGGGAGGGAAAAAGUAUUCCUACCAUUUUGAUCGUCUGCAAUCAUUUGAUGAGAGUAUUUUAGAACCACCAGUUUUAUCCAUUAAAACCAGAGGCAGGGUACCUAAGAGACCUAAAGAGUUCAGUAUUUUUCUUCCUUGUUUAGGAAAUAAUUCUGGUAUUGCAUCUUUUACAAUCGGAUUGGUUAUAGAAAAAGGAAAAGGUCGGCCUGUUAAUGGGACCCCUUUAAGACUAAAUUUAAGGAAGGAAUGUGCCCAAAGAAAUCCUGAUCCAGAAUGUGAUAAAAAGUGUGCAAAUAAUGGCUGGUGUAAUAGAGAAAAAAUCUGUCAAUGCCCUGAAGGUUAUAUGGGACAGUAUUGUAGAACAGCUUUAUGUUACCCUCAGUGUAUGAACGGUGGUAAUUGUACAUCACCAGGGGUAUGCAGUUGUUCUGAAGGGUUUCAGGGUAGACAUUGUGAAGGAGGUAUAUGUCGAGAAAAAUGUUUGAAUGGUGGUAAGUGUGUCCAAAAGGAUGUUUGUGAAUGUUCUAAAGGAUAUUAUGGACUUCAUUGUGAAUACUCUAAAUGUAUCAUUCCAUGUCUAAAUGGAGGAAGGUGCAAAGGAGUUAAUAAGUGUCGCUGUCCAAAUGGUUUCAGGGGAGAUCAUUGUGAGAUUGGAAGGGCCAAACUAAACAGGAGCAUAUGUAAAUUAGGUUGUAAACACGGUACUUGCAUUGAUAACACUUGCGUUUGUGAGUCUGGUUGGUACGGACGUCUAUGCCAACAUAGUACACUUUAAAAUUAUGAAUAAUAUGCCAUCAUGUUGCUUGUUUAAAAGAUACAUAAGUUGUAUGUAUAUACCAAUAUACCUGUGAAAAACAUAACUCUGUAGGUUUAUUAAGAAUAUUUUGUAUCCACAUAAAAUAAAUAACUAUUUUAUUUAA